AUGGCAGAAGCAGAAAACUUCGAAGAGGAUCUCUUCGCCGACCUAUACACGGACGAUAAUCCCGCCCCAAAAGUCGAAGCUCCAGUUGUCAAAGCUGAAGUUUUGCCACCAACCGAAGUAAAUGAGGAUCAGCCAGACAACCAGGAGGAGCAGAAUGGAGAAGGGGGCGGAGAUGUGCAAAAUUAUAAUGGCGACCAAGAUAUGGAUGAUGAAAUAGAUUUCAACCUUGGGAAUGGUGGUACUCACUAUGAUACCCCAGCUACCAAUGAGGCACACGGACCUGGCAUCAAAGAAGAUGGGAAGAUGUUCAUUGGUGGAUUGAAUUGGGAUACUACUGAUCAAUCCCUAAAGGAGUAUUUCUCUCAAUUUGGCGAGGUCCUGGAGUGCACUGUUAUGAGGGAUGGUGCCACUGGUCGGUCACGAGGUUUCGGCUUCCUCACAUUCAAAGAUCCACGCACGGUGAAUAUUGUAAUGGUGAAGGAACAUUAUCUAGAUGGAAAAAUUAUCGACCCCAAGAGGGCAAUUCCACGAGAUGAGCAGGAGCGUACCAGCAAGAUCUUUGUCGGUGGUGUCAGUCAAGAAGCUACCGAACAAGACUUCAAAGAGUACUUUAUGCAAUUUGGUCGGGUUGUCGACGCUACUCUCAUGAUGGACAAAGACACCGGUAGACCACGAGGUUUCGGAUUCGUCACAUUUGACAGCGAAACGGCCGUGGAUGCUUGUCUGGAGGGACCGUUAGAGAUCCUUGGCAAACCAAUCGAAGUCAAGAAGGCCCAACCACGGGGUAAUAUGCGAGAGGAAGAGGAGAGUCGUGCAGGGAGAGGAGGCCGAUUCCGUAAAGGAGGUGCAGAUGAGGGCCAGAACGCAAGUCAAAUUCCCCAAGGCGGCGGCAACCAGAUGGCACCUGGCGGUAUGACCCCUCAAUUAAUGGCCCAGUAUUGGCAACGCAUGCAACAAUACUUCGCUAUGAUGCAGCAACAAAUGGCAAUGGGACGAGGUAUGGGUGGUGGCAUGUCUGGUAUGAAUCCUGCGAUGAUGCAACAAAUGGCGCAAAUGCAACAAAUGCAGGCCAUGCAACAACAAAUGCAAGGUGGAGCGGGCGGUGGUCGAAGUCAAAGUCCUCAAAGCCCAAGCACAGCAAUGGCCGGUAUGCAGGGAAUGAACCCAGCUAUGAUGCAGCAAAUGCAACAGAUGCAGCAGAUGCAGCAGAUGCAAGGAAUGGGCGGUGGUAAUGGCAUGGCCUCUGCUAGUGGUUAUACUGCUGGUGGUGGAAGCAACCCUGGUGGACGAAUUGGCACACCGGGAUAUAACGCGUAUGAGCAACAAGUCUUCGAGCAGCAGAAGUAUGAGCAACAGCAGAUGCGACGGGGUACUCGGGAUCAAUCCCAACAAUAUGGCGGAGCGGGCUAUGGUAUGGGUGGUGGUAAUGGACCUACCUCCUGGGAAGGCAUGUAUGAUGAUGUUCCGCAACCAGCAGUUCCCAGCGGGGGUGGAGCGGGAGGAGGAGGGCGUGGAGGAUUCCAAGGCGGCCGUGGUGGUGGAGGUGGUGGAAGCAAUAGGGGCUCUGCACCUCCACAAGGUGGACCAGCGAGUACCCCACCAGCCAAUGCUCCCACAGGACCAAAAAAUGCCGGGAAGCCAGGUGCAAACUAUCGGGGUGGAGGCAGAGGUGGCCAGCGUGGUUUCCAUCCCUAUGCAAGGGGUUGA